AUGCGAGAAGAGGAGGAGCGCGGAGCGCGCAGGGCGAGAGAGGAGAGAGAGCGAGAGCAGGACGACCGGAAGAGAGGCAGCACGAGAGCAGUAGGGAGCGGAGAGGAGGAGGGAGGAGAGAGCGAGGCGAAGCGCGAAGAAGCGAGCACGAGCGAGACGCUAGCGGGAGAGAGAGAAGCAGCGCGGUCGCGCGAGCGGCAGAGCGCGCCGAGCGCAGGCGCUCCGCGGAGCGACGAGAGAGCGGCAGAGACGAGCGAGAGCGAGGAAGAUGAGAAGCGCGCGCGGACGGACGCGCGGAGCGAGGGCGGACACGCUAGGAGCGAGACGAGGAGAGGCCUGCGGCGAGAAGCGAGGAGACGCGACCGUCGGUACGCGGAGCUGUCGGAGGAGCAGCUGCCCUCCUGUGAGAGCCUUAAAGACACAAUCGCCCGUGCCCUGCCGUUCUGGAACGACGUCAUCGCUCCUCAGAUCAAACAAGGGAAGAGGGUCCUGAUCGCUGCCCACGGCAACAGUCUCCGCGGCAUCGUCAAGCACCUGGAAGGGAUGUCUGACGAGGCCAUCAUGGAGCUCAACCUGCCCACCGGGAUCCCCAUCCUGUACGAGCUGGACAAGAACCUCAAACCCAUGAAGCCCAUGCAGUUCCUGGGAGACGAGGAGACCGUGCGGAAGGCCAUGGAGGCCGUGGCGGCUCAGGGGAAGGCCAAGAAGUAA